GCCGGUCAGUGUUUGCGGAGGUUAUCAACGUGUCGGUCGUCCGGUGGACAGCGUGUGUGAGCUUGCGCGACCAAUUGAACCGCUACACGAGAGCAGAAUGCUGUUCGGUUCGAUCAGGUUCCGUAAGUCGGAUUCUUUUGUUCCAGUUUUGUUAUCUAUGGAUCGUGAAUUGGUGAUGUAAAUACUGAUAUUUAUUUUCGUGGUCCAACAAAAUAGGGAUUAGCAGCCGUUAGUAACGGUGUCGGGAACGCAGUAUCCUGGUGAAAAUCACAUCUCCGGUUUGUCAAUGGAAAAUCGUCCGUUCGUUCGUCAUAUGGCGAUGCGUUUCCCAGGCAGCUGAUCCGCGCGAUCGUCGUUUAUCUUCGGCGGUGAACGGUUUGUUUGCAAACAAAACCAAAGCGGAUCCACCCGCCAAGAGUGUUUUUUUUUCUUCUCUGUACACGGUGUGGAUAUAAAAAUAGUUCAGGUCAUUAUUUCGUUGGUGUGGUUUUUGUUUUGUUGUUGGUUGCAAGAUUGUGUGUUGGAAGUGGCAAAUUUCGACACGAUUUUGCGCAAAGUGCCAAAAUGACCCCGAAUGGGCGCAAAAUCUGCCGGGCGUGAUAUGCGGGAAUGUUCGCCCCGUUGCGUCAUCGAGAAUCUACUGCGACGUUAUUUGGGUACCAGUCGCGAUUGUUAUUCAACAUUGUUUACCCAGGAAUAAAGGAGUUACAGUGUUAAACAAAGAACUUUUUUUUCCCGAAAAAGAAAGAAGAUCGUUGUGUUACCAGCGAGAAGUGAAUCGAUGGAAUUAUCGUUGGAUAGAAUUUCAAAUCACAUGUGAGUGUGUACGUGUUCUAGUGCCUAACCUCAUUGGAAGAAUUGUGUUUAAAUACGUUUUAGUACAUUGUUUAGUAGUGCGCGAUGAUCCUUCAAACUGCCGCCGGUAACAGGAUACAUUGCAUUGUUGCGGAUAAUUACAAUCGGAUAGAACCGCAUGGACGCCUUUUCAACGAAACGUAAGCAGCAUUACACAAGUGGUGACUUUUACUCGCCAGCCCUAUAUUCUAAACAAACGCAAAGGAAACGGAACGUGCUUUCCAAGCUGGAGGUAUUCCGCAUGCUAGCCCCUCAACUAGACCCAUUAUCUAGGCGUAGUAAUCGCCGUAAUCUCGAAGAAUGGAAGUUGUUAGAGUCUCCAAUAGUAGUACCAAUAUCAACGACAGUAUUGGCGGCGUUACGAAUACGCCAAACUCGGUGCAAGCCGGUCUGCACUAUUCGAAGGGAAAGGACAACAGCAACCGGAACGGUUUGAAUCAAUCGACGGCUGCGACACCAGCGACGUCGCUGGCGUCCUCAAGUAAUAACCACUGUAACAGUAGCAGUCAGUUUAGCUUUAGCUCGACACCGAAGCAAUCGCCGGGCGGCGGUGUUGGGUUUGGUGGAUCUGCCGUCUCUUCUUCGGGGGGAUCACUCGGCUCGGAAGGACUUGCGCAUAUAUCUAGUGAUUCGGGUAACAGUUCUUGUGUUAGCACUGGUGGCGGUGCAGCCGUAGAUGAUCCAGAAACUAAGAACGCCAGCUUCGGAAGCGCUGACGGAUUUGUUGAAGCGGUGGCGACCGUUAGUGAAGAUGACGAAGAGCUCGAGCCGAAGUGCGACAAUGACGAGAAGAAAUUUUUACUGAAUAAGAACAUUUACGUGAAUAAGAUCUACGAUGAAGGCUGCGAAAGGCAGAACGCGCGCGAAGAUGAAGGUAUCGAAUGCGGUCAGGAAAAAGUGUCAUCGAAGUUUGCAGAAGUUCGCGGCAGUUCUACGGAAGGAGAUGAUAAUGUGGAAGAUUCAAAACCGUUGCUACGAGUCCGAGUGGAUAACGAGAAGCAACGUAGACCGAAGAGUAUUGUGAAGAGCCCGUCAAAUCUGAGUUUCGGUAAAGAGCUGAACGGGGAGGUGCAGAAGCCUCGGUUGAAUUUGCUGAAAUUCCAGCAGCCGGUCGAAACUGUGAUUGAGGAUCGGCCGGUUCUGCAUGUGCAAUUUUCGAAGCAAGAUAACGGCUAUUGCUGUCGGGAGUCGGAUGGAGAACAGGAACCGGGUGGAAAUAAUAAGCAAGCUAUUUGUGCCAGCCCAGUCGGUAGUAUUCUAUCGCAUGGAUCUGGAUCUUCCAGUACGACUUCUUCCUCUAAUGAGAACAGUUCUUUGGGUGGAUAUGCCGAAGCGCGACCACCGGACGGUGGCUGGGGUUGGGUGGUUUGUUUUGCAUCGUUCAUGGUUAAUCUGAUUGCGGACGGAGUGACAUUUAGCUUCGGGGUAUUGUACGUGGAGUUAUUGGAUUAUUUUGGCGAAGGAAAAGGUAAAACCGCCUGGGUUGGGUCUCUGUUUAUGGCAAUGCCACUCCUGUCCGGUCCGGUGGCUUCUUUCCUAACGGAUCGAUACGGCUGUCGAAAUGUUACCAUAGUCGGUUCGAUUCUAGCUUCGUUCGGUUUCGCAAUCUCGGCAUACGCAGACUCAAUCGAAAUGCUCUAUCUGACCUUUGGUGUGCUGGCAGGCUUUGGGUUAAGUCUUUGCUACGUGGCAGCCGUCGUCAUUGUGGCGUAUUAUUUUGACAAAAAGCGAUCUUUCGCCACGGGCCUCUCGGUGUGUGGCAGCGGCAUCGGAACGUGCAUCUUUGCUAAAAUUACCCAAAUCCUGCUGGACGAAUACGGCUGGCGUGGAACGACGCUCAUUUUGGCUGGAAUUUUUCUCAACAUGUCUCUCUGUGGCCUUCUGAUGCGUGACCUCGAGUGGACUACGCACAAAUCGAAGCUUAAGCGUAAGCAGAAACUGGAAGCCGACUCCUAUUCGGUUAGUAAUAGUACCAAUACAGCCGGAACGACUAGCAAUCUGAACGCCACCGAAGCAAACUCCGGGACAGCAGUUGGUGUGGCUGGUGGCACUGGUGGAAACAUGAUCAAGGGCGUCAAUGGUGAACUGAUCGAUCCAGAUGACCCGCGACUAUUUAGCUCGUUAAUAACACUUCCCACCUUUAUCAAGAACGGGGAAAAAGUACCAUUUGAAGUAUUGGAAUUACUCUCCAAGCACCGAAAUGUGCACGAGCAUGUUUUGCAAAAUUAUCCUAAUCUGCUACAUUCUCGUAGCUUUAGCGAACCUCUAGGCCCCAAAAGCAAUGAACUCUCGCCGGAAAAGGCGGCCAAUCUGGACCAAGCGGUAGCUGGCACCGAGGGUUCCCCUUCGAGUUCAACUCCGCACAUCAACCUUUUGCCACCGGGGCAUGACGUCGAGCAUCAGCAUCCAUUUUUGCGCCGUGUGCACAGCCAUCGCAGUGCUGGAGUCCGAACACCGACCACCGCCUAUUUGAAAGAUUUACGAAUGCAUCGCCACUCGCUGACAUACCGUGGAGCGAUGCUGAACAUCCAACGGUACCGCUUGCGUGCGUCGUCCUGUCCGGAUAUUUACCGUAACUCGAUGACGACGAUUGCGAAGGAGAAAACCGCCUGGUAUCAGGGGAUAGAUGAGUUCAAAACACUGCUGGUCAGUAUUUUGGAUCUCUCUUAUUUCCGUGACAUCCACUUUUUACUGUUUGCAAUCUCAAACUUUCUUCUGUACACUUGGUACGAUGUGCCCUACGUGUACCUGACGGACAACGCAACGGAGAUGGGAUUCACACCUUCGCAAUCGUCGAUGCUUAUUUCGAUAAUCGGUAUCGUAAAUAUGGUUGGAGAGAUCGUUCUCGGUUGGAUGGGAGAUCGUAAAUCUGUGAAUGCCAACUUCACCUACGCCAUAUGUAUGGGAUUUUGUGGACUGGUGACCGCCUUGGUGCCGCUGUUCUCUGAUUACAUCAGUUUAUCCUUUUUGGCGGGUUCGUUUGGACUAUUUAUUGCGGCCAAUUACUCGCUGACAAGUAUUAUUCUUGUGGAACUAAUUACGCUGGAGCGUUUCACCAAUGCCUACGGUUUGCUACUGCUGGUGCAAGGAGUGGCCAACCUUGUUGGACCGCCGCUGGCCGGAUGGAUUUCGGAUAUAACGGAGAAUUACAAUUUGUCGUUCUAUCUAGCUGGUUUGUUCAUCGCUCUUUCUGGGCUGUUGCUGUUGGUGUUGCCCGCCAUUGGACGGUACAAGAAGUUUAACGAAAGACGAGAAUCGAAAGGAAAGAACACUGCAUUCGAUUGCUAUGGGAUGAAAAAUUUGACGCUUUCGUCCACGGCAACAAGGAAUGCCAACAUCAACAGCAAAACGAACGGUGCCACAGUGUUGAUCACCGAUUGUUUCGUACAGGAAAAGCCUCCGAAGGAUGGCGCUAACGUCUGAACGAGCAACGUAAGGCGUAUCGGAAAGUUUACCUCGGUGAAAUACAAACUAACAGAGCAGCAACUCAGGACGACUCUAACAAGUGGCGCGGCGUUCAAGCGGAAAUACAGCAGCACAUCCUUUCCGUUCCACAUUUGAAUGUGCAUAUUUGAUGUAAGCUUUUUGUGUAGGUAUCCAUAUAAAUUUUAGUUUAGCACUGUGUCAAAAUACUAAAAUUUGUUUCGGUUUUACGUGACUUUUCAUUCGUUAGUAUUAGUAGUUUGAUUAGUGAUUCGAAUUUAGGGGAAGCGACAUAUUGAAAACUCUUCCAAGCGAUAGAGUAAGUUUAGGACAUAACCCAUAUGAUUACCAAUUCGUAUUUCUGAGAGAAAGUGAGCGAGAGCGACAAAUAAAGUUGAUUUAAUCAAACCGAUCUGCAAAUAUCCACUCCCACACUAAAGAUUCUAAAUUGUAGGACACGAAUUAAAGCAAACGAUCGAUCCUAGGCUAGCAAUUUACCUCGCUUGUAGGAAAAAAAGAAUGAAUAUUUUCGUAAUAAUUUUUGAAUCCUUAUUUUAAAAGUACUCGUUGGUUGCUCGUUUCGAUUAGUUAGAUUAAUGAUCUCGCCGGAACAAAUCUACGCAGCACACAUUUAUCAUAUUUUUAUUGGACAGAUUAAAAGGAUUUGAAGAUCUGAUUAACGACAUUACCAAUUACGAUUAUUGGAGUACAUGAAUCAACAGUUUGUUUGACAGAUUUUACAAUAUAAAAUAUUUUUUUAAAUAAUUUGAUUGAUGUUAAAGUUUUUUAGCGUUGAAUGUUCCAAGACAUUCACGCGUUUUCGGCUUUGUUCGAUGACUUGUGUUACUAGUUAGUAAUCCCAUUUUUCCAAAUCUCUUAUAGAUUUUGUCAUAAAUAUAGCAACAUUUACCUGUUCGAAAUAUCCUUUAAGAUCAACACAGCAACCGUUGCGGCCACAUUAUCCGAUUGAUAUUUUCCGGAUGCUUAGAAGCCCUCACCUUCUUAUCUGAAGUAGUGUAGAAAUCGAUUUACGGUAGUAAAGUACGAUAUCCUUUCUAACGAUAAUUCUGUUAGUUCGAAUCCUCACUAAUUAAUAGAAGUGGUAAAGAUGACGUUUCUCUUUGCCAUCGCUUCCGAACCGUUGUCAAAGCAACCUAAAGCUAACACAAAUUCUCUUGAAAACAUUUGUUAAAACGGCAGAAUGAAGACAGCAACAAUACAGACAUAAUAUAAAAUAAACUUUACGAUUUCGUAGUUGACCAGAGUAGAGUUCGGGAAGUAAAACUCACACAAGACAUUGAAUAACAUAAAUGAAAUAUUAACAAAGCUAAUAAUAAUCGUAAGUAUAACGGAUGGUUUGACAGAAUUAACAAAUAUAUAUUCAUCAGCUGUGAUCACUUAGUAAGUAUGUGCAUAUAAAUAUAAUCAAUUCUGGUGAAAAAAAGUGAAAAGAAAUGGAAAUACAUGAAAAAUCUCUUGCAAAAGAGAACAUGAGUGCGCUGUUAUUUGCAAGUUUCGUUUCGAUUAGUUUAGACCGAGUUUUAUUUUAUUUGAAGGAGAAAAAGAGAAAAUGCUAUGAAACAACAAAGACACAAACGUAAUGGAAACUCCAACCAAAAAACAAAAAAAAAAAAAAUCCAACAAGAUGGGUGUGAUGUCUGCAAAACUUGUGUAGUCGCAUUGUUGGGAAUUCAGAUAGAAAGAAAAGACUAAACUAGUUGAAACAUUGUGGUCAGGGGGUGCAUGAUUGCCAAAACUACUAAAUCUGUAAACACAAUGAAAUGGAAAGGAUCAAACUUAAUACAAACAGUCGACAGAAGUUUCUUUUGAUUGCUCAAACUUUCAUCCCUUGCGUUCUCUUUGACAAAAUCUAUUUAACAGGUAGCAAAACAAAAAUACAAUAAAGAAGAUUAUAUUUUUUCUACUAUCCACAAUUGUGUAAAUAAGGAAAACAAUACUGAAUGUGUACAUAUUUGCCUUUGAUUUAUCUUUAGUAAUUUGUAAUGAAAAUUUAGUUAGAAUCGGUUACGAUUGGAUUUGCAUACUACAAACAAACAAAACUAUUGGUAGGUAAGUCGAACGUUAGAGAAACAACGGAUGCAGAAUUACUACAAUGGGUUUUCGGGAUCGGUUUGCACAUGUACAGUAGAAGACCAAAACCAAUGAUUUACACACCAAUUGUAAGAGGGACGCGCUAGCGCAGCCGUGGAGGAAGUUGUAAAAGCUGGAAAUGGAAAGUAAUUAUUUUUGAAACUGUAAACGAUAAAUAAUUAUAUUUAAUACUAGAGAACAAAUUUAUGAAAUUCAAUUAAAGCUCGUUCAAAUUGAAA